AUGAACGGGCUGGAGGUUCAGCCGCCACUCAGCGCCCGCGACCUCCUGGAUGCGGCGGCCACUUUCUGCGACACCCGGAGCCUCUUCCCGACCUCUCAGGCGCCCAAAGUCCCGCAUCACGGCGGCUACGGCCUGGGCGAUUCGAGCGGCGGCGGAGGCGGCGGCCCUUAUCUGUGGCUCAACGGGGCGCCGAGCCCUUACUUGGCCAACGGUGCGGCCGGCCCCUUCGUGCCCUCGGCUGCUUAUGGGACGGGCGCCCGGCAGCUGCUGGCCGCCCAAGCGGCGUCGGGACCCCCCGAGCUCAGCUGGCUGUCCCUGACGGGCCACCAGCAGGACUUCUUCAAGCUGGUGCGGCCGCCCUAUUCCUACUCGGCGCUGAUCGCCAUGGCCAUCCAGAGCGCGCCGGCCAAGAGGCUGACUUUGAGCCAGAUCUACCAGUACGUGGCCGGCAACUUCCCUUUCUACAAGAAGAGCAAAGCCGGCUGGCAGAACUCCAUCCGACACAACCUCUCGCUCAACGACUGCUUCAAGAAGGUGCCGAGGCUCCAGGACGACCCAGGUAAAGGGAAUUACUGGACCCUAGAUCCCAACUGUGAGAAGAUGUUUGAUAACGGCAACUUCAGAAGGAAGAGGAAAAGACGGUCUGAUGCAGCCAGUGGGCCUGGAGCGCAUAACAAAAUGGAGGAUAAAAGUAACAGUUGUCUUGUUCAGCCAAGUCCUGAACCUUGCAGCUUGGGCUCCAGCGAGCUGCAGUGCUCUCUGGGAUCUAGGAAUGACUGCAAAUCUCCCAGCCUUGACUCUAGCCAUUGUUUCUCCACAUUCGUCUCGACCAUGAAUGUUAUGGCCCAUGGCCGGAAUGGCUUCCCCAGACAGCUUUCUGGUGGGCCAGUAUCCGAAUUCACACCCGGGAGGCAGAACGGACCCAAUUUGAACUCCUGCUCUCCUUCAAAUGGCAUCCCGGUUUCAGCAUUUGAACUCAGUUCCCAGUCCCACUCCAGGAUGAAUUACUAUGCAGGUGUUGGUGGGCAGUCAAGCUGGCUCAACAGUCCUGUCCUGAGCACCUUUAGUGUGAACAAUCUGAUUUAUAGCAGAGAAGGGACAGAAGUUUAAAAUGAUGCUGAAAAGCUGAUGUUCCACAUUAGCCCCAUAAGCAACUUUGGGUCAGCAUCUAGUCAGGUUGCCUUAUGUAGGCAGCCUUCAGCAUUUUCAGUUCUGUUUGGUUGAGUCUUGACUCUCAGUGACCAUGUAGAUUUUUCUCCAUGGGGAUCUGUUCCUAACAUGGUUUUAAAGGUCUUCAAAUAGUGCACUCAUUACCAAUGUAAUUGUGUCCUUCCACCUGACUGCUGGUCAUCCUAGUCUUCUCUUUCUCUUCCUCAGAGAGUUAGGUCUUCAUAUAACAUGUCCAAAAUGGGAUCAUUUGAACCUGGCCAUUUCUGUCUUGACCUCUUUAAAUCUGAUAUGAGAUCCACAUUUAAAUCAUUUUUAUCUUUAGUAGGUUUAUCCUGUACCUUUUGUUUAUUUUGCAUCAUCUCUGUUAUUUUUUCUUUCUUCUCCAGUUUUCAUCCUGCUGUCUUUCAUUUUCACUUGUCCUUUAAAACAAAAGGUAAAUUUCUAAAUAGCAGCAAAUGCUGAAGGGAGUAUACUUAGACCUACUUUCGACUAAGGCAUAAGUUCAGUUUAGGUCCCCAAUAUAUCAUUUUAUAAGAUGAAGUGUUUUCUGUAGUACAGAAAAGCUUCUUCAAGCAUGAUCUGGGUGUCAUUCAAAUGGUGAGAUAGCUCUAAUCUACCGGAUACUAUCUAUCGAGAAAACAGUUUGAUGGCACAGUAGAGUUCCCACAGAAUAAUCUCCCAUCUGAAUAUAUCAUCUGCUAAUUAGUGGCAAGAGAUGCCAUUUCUGAUUUUCAUCACAUACCAAAUAUUUUGUUUUUGCUUUAUGGAUCACUAACUUUCUGUCUUAUAACAGCUGCUUUUCUGGAAAUUAAAUGUAAUUAUAAACUUGUGAGAAUGGUAAAUAUGUCUUAACAAUCCAUUCAUUUUCUCUUACACACACAUACACACACACACACACACACACACACACACAUCAUCAUCAUCAUCAUCAUCAUCUUUAUCAACAACCGUCUAAUCUUAACAUAUACUUGAAAGUGUAUGCUGUUUACUUCAGACUUUUUCAAGGAACUAUGCAAAAAUCCUAUAAUUUCACUUAAUGUUCCAGCACCCAAUUAUUUAGUACUUUUCUCAAUAUUGUGCCUUAUCAUGGACUAAAUUCCUCAGUUGUUUUUUUUAAAAAGCACUA